AUGGUGAAACUUGUUUCCAUUGCCACUUGUUGCUUGAUCACUCUCUUUUUCUAUCAAGCUGUGGUCAACUGCCAACAAUAUGUAAGCAAGACAGUUUAUUACACCUCUGAAAAUUGCACAGGAGUUGAAUAUGCCACUUUCUACGUUGCUUCCCCAUCUGUAUGUACCUACACAACUCCAGCAGACAAAUGUGCCACCCUUCAUCAAGCAGACAACACUACAAUCUAUUUCAAAUAUGAAUGUGCUGCAGAGGUUCCAACUGUGGCAUUAUCAAACACAUUCAAUGCCUAUUUAUGGAAGAACACAACUGGAAUGUGCGUUGGUAAACCGAAUUCAGUCCAAAUCACUCCUAUCAAUAAGUGUGUGCAAAAUUUUGGGUCGAGUUUUUAUGUUUUCAUUGGAAGUACUGAAAUGACAUACUAUUCUGAUAGUCAGUGUACAAAAAAGAUGUAUUCCCUGUCGUUUGAAUUGAACAAGUGUUUGACUGGAUAUUUCAUGCAAAUUAUUGGAGGAAGUUUACCUCAACCUUCUCCAACUCCAAAUCCUCCAACUCCAGUUCUACAACAAUAUGAAAGAUUGAUGUUUUAUAAUGGAAGUGUUCAAGGAGGAUCUUCUUGCUUGAAUGGAGUUAGUGGUCAAGUUUAUAGACCUAGUGUAAAUAAUUCAUGUGAAAGUGUCAAUUGUCAAGGUGGUUCAAAUGGAAUUUACCAAAGAAAGGAUUGUACAACUUCUAUCCCAACUGAUCCAGCAACUGGUACUUUUCACAUAACUACCUAUUCAGAUCAAUCUCUCUGCACCUUACAGAAAUCCUUAUUGAAACUAGAAGUUUAUCCAAUUGACUCAUGUUCUCCAUACUCACCACAGGAGAAUAAUUCAACAACAGUUUUUCCUCAAAUUUAUAUCAAAUCAGAUGGAUGUAAAACAUUAAGAAAGUUCAAUGAUUCCUCCUGUUCACAACUCCUUGCACAAUUUGACUUGAGUGCUAACUUGAAUAUUUGUGGUUACGGUGGUGUUAAAUACACAUGUAAGUCAAAUACUGGAGGUGGUGGUGGAGGUGGUGGAAAUAAUGGAGGAAUUACUGGAGGAAAUAGCACAAGAGCAAACUCUUCCUCUACUUUCCAUCUAAAUUCAUUCUUUUCCCUUGCCUUAAUUUUAUUCGCAACCAUGCUUGGAAUGCUUUCAUCACUAACGAAGCAAUUUCUAGCUAAUGAACUUGGAAAUUGCAAAGAACUUAAAAAAAAAAUGUCUUCAUCAUCCACCACGCGAAUUGUUAUUGGUGAUGAUUUUGGAGGCGAUAACGACACGAAGAACAACAAGAAUGGAUCAUCAUCAUCGGAUGAAUCCACAUCAGAAUUACAUGAUUUGGCACAGAUUCUUAGGCUCAUGUUGAUCGCCGAGAAUGAAAAUGCCUUUAGGGAUGUUAAUGUUGAAACUCUUGAACAAAUGAUCAUGAUGAAUGAUGAGAGGGAUUUGAUUGCGAGCUUUGAGAUGGUGAGUGGAAUGAGACCAAGUUCUAGGGUGAAUGUUCAACAAAUUAAAGAGGAAUAUAAGAAGAGUAAGAAAAUUCCUUCUUCUUCUACUCUUAAUAAUAGUGAUAGUAUUAUUAUUGUUGAUGAUGAGGAGAAGAGCAAGACGGAUAACCUAGUUGUGGUUGAAAAUCAACAUCCGAUUGCUGAUGAUUCUAUUGAAAUUAUAAUGGAAGAUUCUGGUGUAAGAAUUCCAGAACCACCAGUAUUGGAAGUGGAACAAAUUCCUAUCGCUGUUCAAAUGAAGUUGAGAGUGUUAAAGUUAAAAUUGAACGAUGCAGAACUUUUGAAGGAAUAUUCAGAUCAUCAACUUGCACAAGUAUUGGCAGAACAUGAAAAUAAUGUGCAAUCUUCAGCUGAUUAUAUCAUGCAACAGUAUGUCAAGAAGACUGUGCAGAGUACUCUAUCCGAUAGUGAUUCUGAGGACACUGGUAAAUAUUCACAAUUCACAAAGGAUGUUUUGAGAAAGAGAUUGAAAAUGGGUGGAUUUACCGAAUAUGAAAAUGCAACUGAUGAAACGCUAUCUAUUCUGCUUGAUGUUGGAGGUGGUGAUGUUGAAUGUGCAUUGCAGAAUAUCAGAGGAACAAAUUCAGGAACACCUAAUGUUAUUCAUACUGCAAGAUACAUUUCAGAUCCUAAUUUACCAUGGGACAAAAAUCCAACAAAACCAAUAACGGAAGAGGGUAAAGAGGCAUUACAAAAGGAAGGAAGAUCUGUUUUUGAAUAUUUGGGAAGAAAAGAUGUUCUGGUUUCGUCCUCUGUAAAUCAAUAUUUCAAUAAGGUAUCAGGCUCUGAUUAUUUUUGGACUACUAAACAAGAAAAAGGAAAAGCUGGAUUGAUUGACAAUUACGAAAUGGAAAGAUAUAACACCUUUACAAAAAAUCAAACACAUUACGGGAAUUGGAAACUUUGGAGAUUAGAUAAUUUAUUUUACACAAAAAUUAAGCAACCACCAUAUGUUACCACAGAAAAAGAAGUGACAGAAGAGUCACCAAUAAUAGAAUUAGAGGAUGGAAGACCACCAUUCAAACAAAAGUAUGCUAAAUACAGAAAACAAAAAUUGAUUAGAGAAAGAGUUGAUAUAAUAGAAAAGAAAAUACGAGAUAGCAAAUUUAAUGAACGACAAAAUGUUGGAUAUGAAUUUGGAGAGCAUGUAUACAGAUCUUGGAUUGGAUUUUUAGUGGUACUGGCAAUUUCAGCCAUUAUAGGACUUAUAUUAGUCCCACUUUCUAUGGACGAGUUUAUUCCAAACGAUAUUGGCACCUACUAUUGGUUGAUUUCAUGGUUGAGUCUUGGUGUUAUCACAAUUCCUUACUUUUACAUAAUGUUAUUCCAUCACUCACACAGAUUUGAUUUCUAUCCUAUUUGGAGUAAGAGACAGUUGAAUGGUGAGGAAAGAAUGGAUCAUGGAGGUGAAAUGUUCAUUCUCUUCUCUUCAACAUGGACUUGGCUUCCAUACAUUUUCCUUGUUGCAGGUCUGAAAUAUGCAGUCUAUGCGGAGCAACCAAUAUUGAGCUAUAUUGCCAUUCCAGGGUACGUGUUGGCCAUGAUGUCUUUCUUUUGCAGUGCACCAACUUUAGGAUCAACGUAA